AUGUCUAUGAAAUGGAUUUCAGUUCUUCUGCUGAUACAACUGAGUUGUUGCUUUAGCUGUGGAACUUGUGGGAAAGUGCUGGUGUGGCCACCAGAAUAUAGCCAUUGGAUGAAUAUGAAGACAAUAGUGGAUGAGCUUAUUCAGAGGGGUCAUGAGGUGACUGUUCUAACACCUUCAGCUUCCGUUCUUAUUGAUCCCAACAAACCAUCUGCUAUUAAAUUUGAGGUUUAUCCUACAUCUCUUACUGAAGAUGAGUUUGAGUAUGUUUUCAUGAAGUUGGUCAGGAGAUGGACAAAUGAAGUGCCGAAAGAUACAUUUUGGACAUGUUUUUCAGUAUUACAAGAAAUCCUUUCAGAGUUUUCUGACUUUAUGGAAAGACUUUGUAAAGAUGUAGUUUUUAACAAGAAAUUUAUGAUGAAACUACAAGAAUCAAGGUUUGAUGUCAUUCUUACAGAUGCUGUUUUCCCUUGUGGUGAGCUGUUGGCCGAGCUACUUAACAUACCCUUUGUGUAUACUGUCCGUUUCACUACUGGCUAUACAGUUGAAAAGUAUAAUGGAGGACUUUUAACCCCUCCUUCUUACGUACCUAUUGUUAUGUCAGAAUUACCUGAUCGAAUGACAUUCAUGGAGAGGGUAAAAAAUAUGAUAUAUGUGCUUUAUUUUGAUUUUUGGUUCCAGUUCUUUAAUGAGAAGAAGUGGGAUCAGUUUUACAGUGAAGUACUAGGUAAACCAACUACAUUUUCUGAGACAAGGGGGAAAGCUGAAAUAUGGCUUGUCCGAAACUAUUGGGAUUUUCAAUUUCCGCGCCCUUUCUUGCCACAUUUUCACUUUGUUGGUGGGCUCCACUGCAAACCUGCCAAUCCCUUGCCUAAGGAAAUAGAAGAGUUUGUCCAGAGCUCUGGAAAACACGGUGUGGUGGUGUUUACUCUUGGGUCAAUGGUCAGUAACCUCACAGAAGAAAGGGCCAAUAUGAUUGCAUCAGCCCUUGCUCAGAUUCCACAAAAGGUGCUGUGGCGAUUUGAUGGCAAGAGACCAGAUACCUUAGGACCCAAUACUCGGCUCUAUAAGUGGAUUCCCCAGAAUGACCUUCUAGGUCAUCCAAAGACCAAAGCUUUUAUAACUCAUGGUGGAGCCAAUGGCAUCUAUGAGGCUAUCUACCAUGGGAUCCCUAUGGUGGGCAUUCCCUUGUUUGCAGAUCAACCUGACAACAUUGCUCACAUGAAGGUCAUGGGGGCAGCAGUGAGACUGAACAUGGACACAAUGACAAGUACAGAUUUGUUCAAUGCUUUGAAGACAGUUAUCUAUGACCCAUCCUAUAAAGAGAACGCUAUGAGGUUAUCAGCCAUUCAUCGUGAUCAGCCUGUUAAGCCCCUGGAUCGAGCCGCCUUCUGGAUCGAGUUUGUCAUGCGCCACAAAGGAGCCAAACACCUUCGCCCAGCCGCCCUCAGCCUCACCUGGUACCAGUACCACUCUUUGGAUGUGAUUGGGUUUCUACUGGCUUGUGUGGCAAUUGUUAGUUUUCUUGUCAUAAAAUGUUGCUUGUUAGGUUAUCAAAAGUUUUAUAAGACAAGAAAGAAGAAAAAGAGAGAGUAGGCCUCUUUAAGACAAAAGACUAAUAGGCAUGAUAAGUGAGAGCGUUAUAUUUAAUUCAACAAUUAUGGUUUAAGUUGUGGAAAGAUUCUCCUCCAUAUUUUGCAGGAGCUGAGCCUUUUCUGAUUUCCGAGGAUAUGCUAUUCUUGGGUAAUUUUUCUGGUGUUAUUUAAUUCUUGCCUAAUUAAGAAUAAUCUUACAUGUUUUAAAUAAAUUUCCCCUCAAA